AAACGGCACCGCCGAGACCCGCCGCGGUUGAUGGGUGCUAGGCUAUGUAGCCUCUGCAUACAGUCCUUUCCCCCGCUUGACAUUGUGACAUUUCUAAUUUCGAAUGCCUUCCAUGCAAAUGGCAUUAUUUCUAGAUUUGAACAUGUAGACUUCAUGGCUUUAGAUUCGGAUCUUCUUGUAAAGUGGAACACCGAUUAAGACAAGGACUGGAAGAUCUGAUGAUAUGGUGUCGGGCUCGUGAGACUUUUUGCUGUUUUCCUCUUACAUGGUUUAACAGACAUGAGUACUUCCGUCGACGACAGCAGUGAGAUACGACACGCUGGUGGCGAACCAGUGGUGAAAUUUCGCCGUGGAGCAUCGGGUGCUAGUGAUGGCGGCACAGAUCGGGAAAGUUACGAAGAUGUUGACCUUGGCACCGCAGGAACGGAUAGUGGCUCAACGGGGAGAUCGCGCCAACAUACGGCCGAGCUGGCAGGCGGAUUCGGUAGCAUUGUUGGUGGAGUUGGAGAGGUGGAUGUGGACGCUUUGGGGUUAUGUGAAGAUGAGUUCACUGUGGAGCAGGCAGUAGAAGCCAUUGGUUUUGGAUGGUUCCAGGUGAAACUCUCAGCACUUGUUGGAUUCUGCUGGAUGGCCGAUGCAAUCGAGAUGAUGUUGUUGAGUAUCAUUUCUCCGGAGCUGAGAUGUUUGUGGCAUCUUGAGCGUUGGCAGGAAGCGCUAAUCACUACUGUGGUCUUCAUUGGGAUGUUCACUAGUUCCACACUGUGGGGAAAGAUGUGUGACAAGUACGGUAGAAGAACCGGCCUGAUUUUCUGUACUUUGUGGCUGUUCUAUCACGGUUUGUUGAGCAGCUUUUCUCCUACUUACGUAUGGAUUCUCAUCUUAAGAUGUUUGGUUGGCUUUGGUAUCGGCGGUGUCCCUCAGUCAAUAACACUAUAUACAGAGUUUCUGCCCUCCAAAACCAGAGGCAUGUGUGUGGUGUUCACUGCUGUUUUUUGGGCAUUGGGUACUGUACUAGAGGUCCUCCUGGCUCUUGUUGUCAUGCCAACACUUGGAUGGAAUUAUCUUCUCCUUUUCUCGGCCAUUCCUGUUUUAAUCUUCGUGUUGAGUUGUAAGUGGUUACCGGAGAGCGCCCGGUACUACGUAGCAUGUGGUAACCAGCAGAAGGCACAUGAUAUUCUCAAAGCGAUAGCCGUAGCAAAUAAUAAGCCCAUGCCACUAGGUAAACUCAAGAUUGAAGAUGUUCCGGUCAGUAGAGGUUCCUACGCUGAUCUGUUCAAAAACAAGGAGAUGGGAAUUACGACGAUUCUCCUUCUCUUCAUAUGGUUUGCCAAUGCCUUUGCCUACUACGGGAUUGUCCUGCUAAGCACAGAGCUCUUUGCAUCAGGAAGCACAUGUUCUUUUGGAAGCCCUUCCCAGAGUCAGUUGGAAUGCUACGAUGCUUGUCAAUCUCUUACCACCAGUGACUAUGUACUUCUCUUAUGGACUACGUUUGCUGAGUUUCCAGGUAUUAUUCUCACAUUUGUCAUCAUCGAGAAACUUGGCAGGAAGAAAACAAUGGGAAUUGAAUUCCUUUGCUUUGCCAUUUUCAUGUUCCUCCUGUUUAUUUGUACAUCAACGACGUUACUGACUGUCUUCCUGUUUGCAGCAAGAGGAUUUAUAUCCGGUGCAUUCCAGGCAGCUUAUGUCUACACGCCUGAGGUUUAUCCAACUGCUACAAGAGCUCUAGGUGUUGGCUCAUGUAGUGCCAUGGCUCGGAUUGGAGCUCUGCUGACUCCAUUUGUUGCUCAGGUCAUGCUGGGUGUGUCUCCUCGUCUAGCCCUCUCCUUUUAUGGGGGUGUGGCUCUUGUUGCAGUGUUCGCCUGUUUGCUGCUUCCAAUCGAGACCAAAGGAAGAGAAAUGCAGACCGUUGUCACCAAAUCCAAACCAACGAAUACAACCGAAGCAGGUGUGGCAAGGUGAUGCUUUGUGCUAUAAAAAAUCAUCUGUGUGUCAGUUCAGGACAAGUCCUUCCCAGUUGUCCAAGAUAAGGUUCUAUACUGACUUUGGUGUCAAAGAAGUCAUGUUUUCAGGAAUACUAACAGCCUGAACGGAUAACAAAUCUUUGGGUCAUGACCAAUUUGUCCUAUGAAUUAGAUUUUAUUGGUUACUUUUCCAAAAGGGACACUCUUGUGUUCCCAAAGUAUUAAUGCCGAGUUUUAGAGUCGUUGUCUGAGGAAGUCAGAACUUAGAAGUGCUGCCAUCUUGGGCCAGUAUUCCAACUGCUUUGGUGAAUUGGUACAGCUGUUGCCUGUAUUAUUGCUGUCUUUCUGAUUUUAUUACAUUUAUUCAUAUGAGACUGUGUUUAAAUCAUAUUUGUGGCUAGGCUUCUACCGUGGACACAAUUUAUGAUAAGCCAGUUUGGAGUAUUACCAUAUUUGGAAGGCCUAUUACGUCACAAAUUUUGUGCGAUCUGACCAAUCACAAGGCUUGUUCUAGCAGCCUGCAAUAGAUUGUAUAGGUGUUUCCAUGUUACGGGUAGCUUUUCUUAAACGUUGCAGCAUAUGGAACAAAAAAACUAAUGAAAAAUUCCAAUUGCAAAAAUUUGAUUGCCUGUGCAAAAACCUGACAAACUAAAAGUUCUAAAACACGUUUGUAUGCAUUGAUUUAAAAUUUGUUGUUGCCAACUUGAGAUAUUUAAAGUUGAAUUUGGACAAUAAUUGCCGUAGUAGUAGGGAUGGGCUUUAUGCCCAUUAUGUGGUAAUACUCCAGACUGAUCAUGUCUCAGUGCAUUACUCGUUACAAAUAAACUGUAUUGCACGAGACUCUAGAAAUCUCUGUAAAAGUUGAGUCUUGUUUUCUUUUCUGUAAAAUCCAUGAUGAGAUUUUGCACUGGAGGUUGAUACAUUCCUUAUUUAAGCUCCCUUAGUGUGUAAAAUCGAAGCAUUUAGGAACUUAAUUAGGUUUUUUGUAAGUGCAAUAUUAUUGUGUCAUUAGGGUGUCUAGUAUUGGCUAUCAUUAAUGAAUAUUGUUUAUGUACUUAGUAAUAAACUAAUAUGAAACAUGAAUAAGGUACAGGGAUAUUACUUUUAAAAUGAAAUGAAGUGGUGUAAAUAUGAAUAUUUAAGGUUAUAAUUGCAAGGUAGAAUGUGUAUGGUAUAUAUUUGUACGUUAAAUUGAGCUUGGAAUGGCUUCCUUACGAUAAUAUUCACAUUGACGAGCUUCUUUCAAGUAAUAAUUCCACAAUUUUAUUUAUCUGUUUCUGUCUUUCAUUAACAGUUGCUGACUGUUCAGGCUUACCCUUGUAGUUCCCUUUACAGUAAAUUGACCAAUACAUUUGUCAAUAACUUCUCAAGCCCAGUAUAGACACCUUGUGCAGAAAAUUUUAAAUUCACCAUUGUUGUUUUUAUCAUUAAAAUUUUAGUUGUCAUGUACCAAAUACUGGGAAAAAUCUGAGUCUUAUAACUCAAUUAUUUUUAAAUGCCCUAAGAAUUAAUAAUGACACUGACAGGCAGUCUAAAUGUAUUGAGUUAAUGCAUUUUUUUUUUUGCCACAAAGAAUUCCCGUUAUCAGCUUCUAUAGUACCAGUAUAUUUUUGAUACUUGACAGGCUUCAGAUCUGUUUUAAUUAAUCCGCCUUACCAAAUGUGAUUUUGUUAAUGUACUCCUUUGCUGAUUUCUUUGAAGUGUCCACAAUAAACAAUUUAGAUUGUU